AUGACCUCCGCCCCAACUGAAGAACAACUCCACGGAACUCCCCUGAGCGUGGCUCAGGACGCAAGCCGUCCCAAUCUCUUACAAGCCCAGCAUCACGAACAUCCUUCAUGGUCUUCCACAACACCCAUAGCUCCUCUAGAUCCCGAGAAACGAUCAUGGAAGGAAAGUGAAGAAACACUGGAGGCCAGUGCCUCGGCAGAAUGCCUCCCGAACCAAAAAGGGUCAUUCGAAACGGAAAAAUCAAAUCAAGGCUCUCAUGAACUACCAGUUCUCCCACGCCCAGGGAUAGGUUCCCGACAGGAUACAGCCCCGUCCAUUGCGGCAGCUCCAUUCACUUCAUAUUGCUGUGAUCUCGAAAGAUCUCACAGCCAUGGGCCCUCGAGUUCACCCCGUCCUCGGUCAUCGUCGUCUUCGAGCUCGGCCCCAACCUUACAUGAAGUGCCCAGUGCGCUGGCCAAUGCUAGUAGAGUCUCGACUGAUGCUUAUGGUAACAUAUAUCCCGAAGGAGGGAGAGAAGCAUGGUUGUGUGUGUUUGGCUCGUUCUGCGGACUGAUGUCCGCUCUUGGUAUGAUGAAUACUCUGGGCACAUACCAAGCGUAUCUAUCGAUUCAUCAGCUUCACGGUCACACCGAAAGCACCAUUGGUUGGAUUUUUGGCAUUUAUGCCUUUCUGUCAUUCUUCCUGGGCAUCCAAAUCGGCCCUGUCUUUGACGCAAAAGGCCCGCGAUGGCUCGUUCUCGCUGGGUCUGUCUUUAUGCUGGCCACCCAUCUUUUGAUGGGCAUCUGCAAUGAAUACUGGCAGUUCUUGAUCGUCAUUGGCGUCAUGGGCGGUUUCGGGACAUCUCUCGUCUUCACGCCUGCCAUUGCAGCCAUUGGACAUUUCUUCCUGCGCAAGAGAGGUCAAACCACCGGCCUCGCGGCGGCCGGGGGUUCUCUUGGUGGAAUCGUCUUCCCAUUGACAUUGCAAGCUCUCUUUCCCAAGAUCGGCUGGGCCUGGUCGACUCGUGUGUGCGCAUUGAUCAAUCUGGCUCUCCUCAGCUCUGCCAACCUCUUCAUCAAAUCUCGUCUCCCCCCCCGCAAGGCCACGAAGGAGAAUAUCCUCCCUGACUUCCGCAUCUUCAGGGAUCCCAUUUUUGCCUUGACGACCGCUGGAGUAUUCUUUGUCGAAUGGGGCCUUUUCGUCCCCUUAACCUAUCUCAGCAGCUAUGCUCUGAGCCAUGGGGUAUCGACCGCGUUCUCCUAUCAACUCAUUGCCAUCUUGAACGUGGGAUCGUGCUUCGGUCGGUAUUUUCCUGGGUUCGUGGCCGACAAAGUCGGCCGAUUUAAUGCCAUGGUGGUCACGAUUUUUCUGUGCCUCGUUUCCACUUUAGCGCUCUGGCUUCCCGCCGGCGGAUCCAUUGCUCUGAUCAUCGUAUACGCGAUCGUCUUCGGCUUCGCUUCAGGAUCCGGUAUCUCGCUAACUCCGGUCUGCGUGGGCCAGUUGUGCAAGGUUGAAAACUACGGAAGAUAUUAUGCCACUUGCUAUACAUUGGUGUCGUUUGGUUCUCUGACUGGAAUUCCCAUUGCUGGGCAAUUGGUAACUGUAUGCAAUGGAGAGUAUUGGGGACUGAUCGUGUUUACUAGCUGCGCUUAUGCGGCGUCAACGGCAAUGCUGACUACUGCGAGAGUGGUGGGUGCAGGAUGGAGUCCGAAGAAAAUAUAUUGA